GUGACGUCAUCUCCAGGCGCCGAGGGUGACUGGACUUGUGGGGCGCUUCCAGGGCUCCGCGGCGCUGCCGGUUUUAUAUGCUGGAUACCAGAGGGCGGAAGUGCAGCAGGGUUUGGCUCCGACCUCCGCGCCGGUGCUUUUUGCGGCUGCGCGGGCUUCCUGGAGUCCUGCUGCCGCGUCCCCGCAGGACAGUGUGUUAGGUGGGCAGCCUGCCCCGCCGCCCCGCCAGAGCCCGGAAUCCAGGCGUCACCACCAGUGCGGGGAGCCGGAAGGAGGAGCCGUCGCUUCGGGUAGGUUUGGCUUUGGUUGAAAAAAGAAUUUAGCCUGUAUGUACUGCUUUAACUACUGGAAGAAUGACAGAUGACAAAGAUGUGCUUCGAGAUGUGUGGUUUGGACGUAUUCCAACUUGCUUCACGCUAUAUCAGGAUGAGAUAACUGAAAGGGAAGCAGAACCAUACUAUUUGCUUUUGCCAAGAGUAAGUUAUUUGACGUUGGUAACUGACAAAGUGAAAAAGCACUUUCAGAAGGUUAUGAGACAAGAAGACAUUAGUGAGAUAUGGUUUGAAUAUGAAGGCACACCACUGAAAUGGCAUUAUCCAAUUGGUUUACUAUUUGAUCUUCUUGCAUCAAGUUCAGCUCUUCCUUGGAACAUCACAGUACAUUUUAAGAGUUUUCCAGAAAAAGACCUUCUGCACUGUCCAUCUAAGGAUGCAAUUGAAGCUCAUUUUAUGUCAUGUAUGAAAGAAGCUGAUGCUUUAAAACAUAAAAGUCAAGUAAUCAAUGAAAUGCAGAAAAAAGAUCACAAGCAACUCUGGAUGGGAUUACAAAAUGACAGAUUUGACCAGUUUUGGGCCAUCAAUCGGAAACUCAUGGAAUAUCCUGCAGAAGAAAAUGGAUUUCGUUAUAUCCCCUUUAGAAUAUAUCAGACAACGACUGAAAGACCUUUCAUUCAGAAGCUCUUUCGUCCUGUGGCUGCAGAUGGACAGUUGCACACACUAGGAGAUCUUCUCAAAGAAGUUUGUCCUUCUGCUAUUGAUCCUGAAGAUGGGGAAAAAAAGAAUCAAGUGAUGAUUCAUGGAAUUGAGCCAAUGUUGGAAACGCCUCUGCAGUGGCUGAGUGAACAUCUGAGCUACCCGGAUAAUUUUCUUCAUAUUAGUAUCAUCCCGCAGCCAACAGAUUGAAGGAUCAACUGUUUGCCUGAAUGGAAUCAUCCUUAAAUGGAAUUUAUCAGAGCAUGUCACCCUUUUGCUUCAAUCAGGUUUGGUGGAGGCAACCUGACCAGAAACACUUCGCUGCUGCAAGCCAAACAGGAAAAAGAUUCCAUGUCAGAUAAGGCCAUUGGGCUGGUCUUACUUUGCAUCACCUCUGCUUUCCUCCACUGCCAUCAUUAAACCUCAGCUGUGACAUGAAAGACUUACCGGACCACUGCAAGUCUUCUGUAAAAUAUAAUGAAGCUGAAACCUUUGGCCUAAGAAGAAAAUGGAAAUAUGUGCCACUCGAUUUGUAUUUCUGAUUAACAAAUAAACAGGGGUAUUUCCUAAGGUGACCAUGGUUGAACUUUAGCUCAUGAAAGUGGAAACAUUGGUUUAAUUUUCAAGAGAAUUAAGAAAGUAAAAGAGAAAUUCUGUUAUCAAUAACUUGCAAGUAAUUUUUUGUAAAAGAUUGAAUUACAGUAAACCCAUCUUUCCUUAAUGAAAAUUUCCUAUGUUUACAGUCUGUCUAUUGGUAUGCAAUCUUGUAACUUUGAUAAUGAACAGUGAGAGAUUUUUAAAUAAAGCCUCUAAAUAUGUUUUGUCAUUUAAUAACAUACAGUUUUGUCACUUUUCAAGUACUUUCUGACUCACAUACACUAGAUCACUUUUUACUCUGUGUUACCAUUUUGACUGGUCGUCAUUGGCAUGGGGUGGAUAUAGGGCAUAGGAUCACUUGUCUCAGGAUCUGUCAUAGAAUUUCUUGCUGCCAAUUAAAAAACCUGUGUUCUUUACACACUACACUUAUAAAUGUUGUAACUGUUCAUCUUUGCUGUUUUAUCACUGUAAGCCUGUCAAACCAUAGUAUCCUAAAGCAUCUGUAUAUGGUAAUUGUGCAUUUUUGGAAAAACCCAUUCCUUCCAAGCUAGUGUUUUUCAUUGGCUCCAGGUCUGUGCCAAUGAAAAACUGUGGUCCCCUGGCAGUCUGUCUUUUGAAGUUUAAAGAUUACCUGUCUCCUGACUGCAGUACCUUUUCUUUAAUUUUUACCAAAAAUAUCCAGAGGUUACUGGAGUUCUUAUUCAAUAUAAGGAAAGUUUGCUGCACUUUAUUACCAAGCCUCUGGGAUUUUACCAAUCAAACAUAUUUGUGCAUUACAUUUCGUUUCUUGUGAGCUAGCUUGCUGUCCAUAUUGAAUGUUGACCCAUUUGAGUAUGCUAAAAGACUUACAGUAGCAGACACGAUCAUGGUUUUAGAUCCCAUAAUAAAAAUGAAUGUUUUUCUUAUAAAAAAUUAUA